AUGUCCAACGAAGGCGAAGAAGAUCUAUUAGAAUACUCCGAUAACGAGCAAGAGAUUCAGGUGGAGGCCUCUAAGGCUGCUGCUGGCGGUGAGGACGUCAAGGAGAGCGGGGAAAACGGCGGAGCCGAGGCAGCUGACAAGAAGGGCUCCUACGUGGGUAUCCACUCGACCGGGUUCAAGGACUUUUUGCUGAAGCCCGAACUGUCCAGAGCCAUUAUCGACUGCGGUUUCGAACAUCCAUCUGAAGUUCAACAACACACGAUCCCUCAGUCGAUCCACGGUACAGACGUGCUGUGCCAGGCCAAGUCCGGUUUGGGUAAGACUGCGGUUUUCGUGCUGUCCACACUGCAGCAACUGGACCCGGUCCCAGGCGAGGUGUCUGUGGUGGUUAUCUGCAACGCCAGAGAGUUGGCGUACCAGAUCCGUAACGAGUAUCUGAGAUUCUCCAAGUAUAUGCCCGACGUCAAGACCGCCGUCUUCUACGGUGGUACCCCCAUCACCAAGGACGCAGAACUUUUGAAGAACAAGGAAACGGCUCCCCACAUCGUCGUUGCCACCCCAGGUCGUUUGAAGGCUUUGGUUAGAGACAAGAUUAUCGACCUAUCUGUGGUGAAGAACUUUGUCAUUGACGAAUGUGACAAGGUCUUGGAAGAACUGGGCAUGCGCAAGGACGUCCAAGAUAUUUUCAGAGCUACCCCAAGGGACAAGCAAGUGAUGAUGUUUUCUGCCACGUUGUCGCAGGAGAUGAGACCCAUUUGUAGACGUUUCUUGCAAAACCCAUUGGAGAUUUUCGUGGAUGACGAAGCUAAAUUGACCCUUCACGGUUUGCAACAGUACUACAUCAAGUUGGAAGAGCGUGAGAAGAACCGCAAGCUUGCUCAACUAUUGGAUGAUCUAGAGUUUAACCAAGUUAUCAUCUUCGUUAAGUCUACUAACAGAGCCAACGAGUUGACAAAGCUGUUGAAUGCAUCCAACUUCCCAGCCAUCACCGUGCACGGCGGUAUGAAGCAAGAAGAACGUAUCGCCCGCUACAAGGCUUUUAAGGAUUUUGAGAAGCGUAUCUGCGUCUCGACGGACGUCUUUGGUAGGGGUAUCGAUAUUGAACGUAUCAACUUGGCCAUCAACUACGAUUUGCCUAGCGAAGCCGACCAAUACCUGCAUCGUGUUGGUAGAGCCGGAAGAUUCGGAACCAAAGGUUUGGCAAUUUCCUUUGUUGCUACAAAGGAGGACGAAGAAAUUUUGGCCAAGAUUCAAGACAGAUUUGACGUCAAAGUUGCGGAAUUCCCAGAAGAAGGGGUCGAUCCUUCUACCUAUUUGAACACCUAA